AUAAGGGCGCGCCACGUGGCAAAGAAUAUCACAGGUUCACACGCACACCCCAACUCUCUCUCUCUCCCUAUCGCUCUCUUCCCAAUGAAACAACAAUAACAUCGUCAAACCCUCUCUCUCUCUCUCUCUCUCUCUCUCUCUAGGAUAUUCGAUCACUGUCUUUUUCUCUGCCCUAAUUUUUCAAACCCUAACCCCUCUUUCACCCAAAAUUCACAUGAAAUCCUGGCCCCAAAUUCUCUACAGGGUUUCAGAGGACCCAAACUCCAUUUGAUGAUUUGUUUACUGUUGCCCCUCAAACCCUAGCGACGCCAUCAUUUGGGGGCUUCUUCAUCUCUUUCCAUCCCCGUUGCGUCAACAUAUUCCCUAAUCGGGCCAUGGAGGGCUCUGUGGUGGAGGAUCUCGGCGGAGCCCCCGAGUCAUGGGAGGUUGCCGAUUUGGACGAGUCCAUGUCCCGCUUGAUUCUCUCCUCCAAGGACUCGUCUAGGACCACCCAUGGGACUGCCGAUGAUACCGAUGGUUCAGCUUCUUCUUUAUCGUCUUCGUCUUCGGCUGUGUCUGGGUGCUCCGGUGAGAAGGUUUCGGAGGAUGUACUUAAUCAGGUUGAUCAGUUUCUUCGCGAAGCAUUACAAAACCCUCGGGAGCGCCUGUCAAUUUUAAGGAUGGAGCAAGAUGUGGAGAAGUUUAUACGUGAUCCUACUCAGCAGCAGCUAGAGUUUCAGCAGCUGCCUACUUCUUACUUACGGUUGGCUGCACACCGUGUGGCACAGCAUUAUUCGCUUCAGUCAAUGGUCUUGUUAGAUAAUAGCUCGCCUGAUGGCUCUGGCUCUAGAAUUAUUGUUCGUAAAACAACUGAGUGUCGUGUACCUAUGAUUCGCCUUGCUGACAUCCCUGUAAAUUUACCAUCUGAAGAUGCAAGUGUAGGUAAGGUUGCAAUUAAGCAGAGGCCACAGAAGAGGUCACAGCAUGCCAAUUUUGGGAAUUCAAACUCGUUAAAGUCAAACAGUGCUAAAAGUGUUGAGGAGAGGAAAGAGGAGUAUAACAGGGCUCGUGCUCGAAUAUUUUCCAGUGGUGAUCCAAGCGGUGGUGCAAGUGGGAGAUUGGAUAAUGAGCUAAGGCUGCAAGAUACUCCCCAACAUAGUAACUUUGGGAUUCCAAAGAUUGAAGAAAAACCUGGACCAGGCUUUGCUGAUAUAAGUUCUGGACCUUCUAGUAGAGUUCUGAUUGAUCCGUCAAUAACUAGUGGUAGAACAGCUAGAAAUAGAACAGAGAAGGAACCAAUUGGUAGGUACAGACCAAAUAAUAGGGUAGCUAUAUUUCGGGACCGUGAAAUUGACCGCAAGGAUCCUGACUAUGACAGGAACUAUGACAGGUAUAUGCAAAGAUUUGAUCCUGGGUUUGGGUUUAAUGGAGGAUCAUACACCAUCCAGCCUAUGUACACCCCUGCUAUAAACUACAACACUGAAUUUCCUCAACUGGGUUCUGCUCAUGGACCUCAGAUUUCUGGUGAACCUCAGCCUCAUCCGCUUCCUCAACAUCUACCUGGGCCAUGGUCUCCAGCAUCAGCUCCUGGGGGAAUUGGUUACGCUCUUCCUGAAACCAUGAUUGCACCAUUUAAUCCUAAUCAUGUUGGUGCUCACUCCACAUCUGGAAUGUAUCUGCAUUCCUCCCAAUAUCCUUGUCAGCGUCCUGGAGUACCUUUUAUCCAUCCUCAUGAACAUGUUCAUCAACCUUUUUCACAGUCUCAUCAACAACAUGAUGCAAGUUUUGGAUUAGCCCGGCCCCGGUGAGGGGCAGGGGCCAUGCCUGCACCCUGCCAGCUGGAAGCUGAGCUUAAAUUACAUGCUGUUGGGGGUUUCCUAUUUCCCAACUGGCAGGAGUGCAGGCAUAGAGAACCGAGGUGGACUGGAGUGGAGAUAUGUUAAUGAGAUGGAAACAUGCACUAGUCCAUUCCACCAUUCUCGGUUCUGAAGGAAGCUUCUGUCAUCCUUGAAGAAUGAUGAAGAAGCACACUGGUUUUAGCCAAACUUUUUCCGGGCAUGAUCUCGGAUGCUUUGUUUUGCCAUGGAUAAUGAUGAAGAAUCUUUUCCAGCGCGGGGAAGCAUGCUCCUCUUACCUAUGGGUGAAGAGCCCCAGCCAUUUCUUUUUGGCGGCUGCUGGAAACAUUCUCGGCGUGUUUUCAAUCUCGGGAUAGCAUUUGACAGCCAACUUGCAAUUUUUGCUCUAGGAUGACACUUGAUUGCUGUGUUGCUCUAGGAUGACCAUCUGAUUGCUGUGUUGCUCUAGGAUGACCAUCUGAUUGCUGAAAUUUAGAAGGCAAACCACAAUGCGUAUCAUCAUAUGGCCUUUCCUCCCCAGAGAUUGACUCUUUGUCAUAUGGCCUUGAAAUAUUUGCACGAAUUAAUACUUCAUUUAACGAAUAAAGUAAAUGUUUUUUUUA